CUCUGGGUAAGUACGCCACCCUGUCGCCUCAUGGGAAUUUCUCUCGCCUUGUAACUUUUUUCUUUCUCGCUUUCAGUUUCUUCUUUUGUUUCCAGUUUUACCUCAUUGUUUUAACGAAGCCCAAGCACUACUCCGCCGGGCGAGUGUCCAGACAGAGGUGAAGCCGGGAAUCAGCUAUUAACCCGGAAGGAGUGACCCAGGAAGUGAAAGUGAUUCCGUGCUUUUCCGGCUGAAAUGUACGGGGUUGGAGAAGGUUCCGACCUCAGCGAGGAAAGCUGACGUCCUCUCUUUUUUAUUUUAGGAUUUCGGCUGAAAGGGAAGCAUCUUUGAAGGGUGAUUGUAGAACUGAGAAUGAAAAGCACAGAGCUCUGAAUAGGGAACCUGCAUUCUAAAAUCAGCUCCAUCUGCCUGGCUGAAUGCUGAGAUGAAUCGUCACCUCUGUGUUUGGCUCUUUAGACAUCCAUCUCUUCAUGGUCACCACCAGUGCUACAUCCACCCCUUUUUUCAUCAAUUUACACAGAUACAUCUUGAUACAAGGCUGUGGGUUUUUAGCCAAAACAGGGAUCACAUUUUCCGUCGUCUGUUAAAUAAGAAUUGGUCCAAGAGAUAUUGUCAUCAAAACACUAAGAUGCUCUGGAAGCAAAAAGCGCUACAGAAAUAUAUGGAGGACCUAAAUAAGGAGUAUCAAACACUUGAUCAGUGUUUGCAGCAUAUCUCUGUAAAUCAAGGGGACCAAAGGUCGUUGAAUCGAAGACAUGCUGAGUUGGCACCACUUGCAGCCAUUUACCAAGAAAUUCAGGAGGCCGAACAAGCAAUUGAAGAAUUAGAGUCAAUGUGUAAAAGUCUAAAUAAUCAAGAUGAAAAGCAGUUACAAGAACUUGUGAUGGAAGAGAGGCAAACCAUUGCUCAAAAAGUCAACAUGUUAUACAGUGAGCUUUUCCAGAGUUUAGUGCCAAAGGAGAAAUAUGACAAAAAUGAUGUUAUUUUAGAGGUGACAUCUGGAAGAACCACUGGAGGUGAUAUCUGCCAACAAUUUACCCGGGAAAUAUUUGACAUGUACCAGAGUUAUUCAGGCUAUAAACACUGGAAAUUUGAACUUCUGAAUUACACACCUGCUGAUUAUGGUGGGCUACAUCAUGCAGCUGCCCGAAUUUCUGGUGAGAGUGUCUAUAAGCAUUUGAAGUAUGAAGGUGGGAUUCACCGAGUCCAGCGAAUCCCUGAGGUGGGCCUGUCAUCAAGGAUGCAGCGUAUUCAUACAGGAACAAUGUCAGUUAUUGUCCUCCCUCAACCAGAUGAGGUAGAUGUGAAAGUGGACUCCAAGGAUUUGCGAAUAGAUACAUUUCGAGCCAAAGGAGCAGGAGGCCAGCACGUUAAUACAACUGAUAGUGCUGUCAGACUUGUCCAUGUCCCCACAGGGCUUGUAGUAGAAUGCCAACAAGAACGAUCACAGAUAAAAAAUAAAGAAAUAGCUUUGCGUGUGUUGAGAGCUAAACUCUACCAGCAGAUUAUUGAGAAAGACAAGUGUCAACAACAAAGUGCUAGAAAACUGCAGGUGGGAACAAGAGCCCAGUCAGAGAGAAUUCGGACAUAUAAUUUCACCCAGGACAGAGUCACUGACCACAGGAUAGCAUAUGAAGUUCGUGAUAUUAAGAAAUUUUUAUGUGGGGAGAAGUGCCUGGAUCAGCUAAUUCAGCGACUGCUUCAAUCAGCAGAGGAAGAAGCCAUUAUUGAAUUUUUGGAUGAAAACCUUAAAUCAACAAAAUGCUGAUUUAUUAUUUAUUAUUACAUAAAUGAAAUGGACCUAUGCCAGGAAGCUGACUGAGGCAUGGGAAUCUUUGAGAAUGUUCAUAAAGUACAGCUAAAAAUACACAAUACUUACAGAUAGGUUUUUGGGUUUUUUUAAUUCUUACCCAAGGAUAUGUUUAUUGAUUUGAGAGCGAGAGAGAGAGAAACAUUGAUGUGAGAGAGAAACAUUGAUCGGUCACCUCCCACACGCGCCCUGCCUGGGGAUCCAAACGGCACCCUAGGUAUGUGCCCUGACUGGGAAUUGAACCCAUGACCUUUUGGUGUACAGGACGAUGUUCUAACCAACUGAGCCACCCAGCCAGGGCCAUACAAAUGUAUUUUUUAAUGAAUCAAGUCACAUUUCUUGACCUAAAAGUUUAUUUAGGUUUUCUGUAAAGUACACACUGUAGAAAACAAGCAUACAUCAUUGAAAAGAAAGUCGAGAAUUAUGUGAUUUCGGAAAGAUCAGUUGUUCUUUUUAUAUGCCUUUGUUUUAACCAUCUAUAAAUUAAUUUAAACACAUUUUUCUCUAUUCAGGACUUUAUAACAUGGUAGGAUUUAGUGAUAUAAAAUUUGUAACUUUGUAAACCCCUACUUAAAGACAAAGUAUUGUUAAUCAUGUUACAGGUAGGGAUUAAACUGCUACUUUUCAAUAAAAAAUAAAUAAAAGUUGUAAAGAA